CAAAAAUAAACGUCGCUUUCUGAGUGUUAGAUUGGCUCUUGUUGCUGUCAGUCUCUUCGCCUUCCGCUGCAUUUUUAGGUUUGGUCGUCCUUCGGUCAACAAUGCAGACAGGCGGUCUCUGUGUCCAGCAGUAAUACUGAGCCUUGUGUCAGGAUGGUUCGUUCAGAAACUGACACUUUCCCUCCAGCUCCUACUGAUUGACCACAGAUCCGUCGUUCGGCUCAAAGCACUCGCGUUGUUUGAGGGGCCCAGCCGUUAUCCACAAGAGAAGAUGGGAAAUGGAGAGAGUCAUAGUUUGAACAGAAUCUGCCGAUGCCCAUUUUCUGCUGAAGAACGCAUUAUUCUGGAUAAGAUUUUUGGCUCGAUGUCUGGCUCAACGAGCAGUGCAAAAGGUGGAAAAGCUACUCAGAAGCAAGUUACUCUGGCCAUGUUAAAGGCUUACGUGCAUCCAGGUGUGCUGGGCCCCAUGACAAUCCGACUCUACAAUGCAAUGAGAAGCGUAGAUCCAAUUAAAAGAACCGAAGGCCCCAGUAAUGCUAUAAGCAAGAAACAGUUUGUUUUAUUCCUUGCUUAUGCAAUGCGAGGCACAGCUGAAGAAAAAGCUUUUAUAAUUCAGAGAAUGAUUUCCCAAGAUGCGGAUGGUGAUAUAAAAGGAAGGGAAAUAAAAGAGUUCACAAAGGAUCUGAUUAUAGCAGUGAUCCAGUUGCUGCAAGUUGAAGGCAUGCUUCGAGGUUGGUCUUUGGAGAAAACCUCAGAGCCUACUAUAGGCACAUUACGUCUGACGAAUUUUCUGAUAUCUCAGUUGAAGUCUAAAGAUGGACAACAUCUGGCGGCAGAUGAUUUGCAGAAUGAAGAAUAUGGACAGCGUGAACUAAAGGACUGGAUGUACACAGUCUCUCUCAUUUCUACUUUUCUCCAUAUAUUUGUAGCAAUGGGCCUUCGUAUUACAAAUUCAGAGUCCCAAGGUGAAGUCUUUAGCACAAAACAUCUGCUGCCAAAGUGCGUAGGUAUAAAAUAUACUGGGGUGUUUACUGUAUUUGACAUUCCAUCAAUCAUGUACCUCAACGCCUACCUACCUUCAGAACAUCAACACAAAUGGCAGCUACUGUUCUCCUCUCAGUUCCAUGGAGCAAGUUUCACUCGCUUAUGCAGUCUGACUCUACACAAAGGACCGACAUUAUUGAUUGUAAAGGAUUCGGAUAGUUACGUCUUUGGUGGGUAUGCUUCCCACAGCUGGGAUGCAAGACCACAGUUCCAAGGGGACAAUAAAUGUUUUUUGUUUACGCUGAGUCCACGAUUAGGGAUCUAUACUUGUACAGGUUACAAUGACCAUUAUAUGUAUCUAAACCAUGGCCAACAGACAAUGCCAAAUGGACUGGGUAUGGGAGGGCAGCUUUAUUAUUUUGGAUUGUGGAUUGAUAGCAAUUAUGGCGAAGGACACAGCAAAGCAAAGCCCAAGUGUACAACUUACAAUAGUCCACAGCUGUCUGCCCACGAACAUUUCGUGAUUGACACUUUGGAGGUAUGGAGUGUCGGGAAUCCACCUGAUGAUCAACUGCCUCAGCCCAAGAGUGUACUGGAUUCGGAACCUGAAGCACAGGCCUUGCUGCACAUGAUUGGAAAAAUAAGAAUGAGUGAUGGAUUACGAGAACCAAGUGAGGAUAAUGGAGAGGAAUGAAGUACUCCCUGAAUGUGAAAGCACAGAAUAAAUGGCACAAUGUACAAUAGCCUUUAAAUUUCACCAUAAUUCCUUACAAAAAAAGGGGACACAUUUGAAUUAUUCAAGUCUCUGGUAUUUGGAGGAAGCCUUAACUAAUAAGCAGAUGAGGGCAGACUUCCCUGUUGCUUGAAAUGGAAUAGUAAUUAAGUAUAUGCAUCACAAUUAAAGAUUUGCCCACUAUAAAUACAAGGGUGCAUGAACAACAAAACAUCAUCAACUGAUUCCCUGACUGGUUUUCAUGGCUGGAAGGAACAAUGAGAAGGCUAAUUCCACAGACACUAUAACUACAGAACCAUUGUGUUAAGAAGAGAAAAUGGAGGUAAGAUUCACUUUUUGUUGUAAAGAAGGGAAUUUUACUGACUUUAAUGCAUCUAGCCCAGCAUCUUCACCCAUUAUCAAGCACUGAGCAGUUUCUAAUUUAGGUUUAUGUAAAAAAAUUACUGUCUUAGUUAAAGCUGUUAAGAGUGCUGUAUCAGUUGAAGACAGAAAUGAGUCAAUACCAAACUGAUGCUCACUGCAGAUAUAGGGUAUGGUAUAAGUGAAUCUUUAUAAGAUCGGAUACUUUUUCUGAUCAUAAUCUGGAUUGUUACAUAGAUUUAAAUGUCAUCAAUUUAUCACUGAUUUAUGCAGCAUAACUGCAAAAGUUUGUAUUACUUAACACUGCUGCAG